AGUUGUACCGUUCAUAUACAGGGUGUCAUUUUUUUGGUUUGGGCCUCAAAUGGGGUAUCAAUUUCCAUUUGCUUCAUCCUUAAAUAGGGUCAGGGUUUAAGACCUUUCACCUCACACACCUAUCCUAAAUUUAGGGGAGUACCCUCCCCUCUUCUCCCCCCCCCCCCUGCCUUGGGAUGGCCCAUUUCAUAUAGAACAUUGCAGAACUGCCAAUUUGUAAGACAUUGUCCAUACAUUCCUGAAGUAAUGAUUGCUGUUUUAACCAGAACAGUGCGAGAGGUUUCCUCCAGAGAUCAAGACAAGACAGUACCAGAUCCCAAAGUUCUUGAGUCCCUUUUAACUGUCCUACACGCUCUUCACGAUAAUGGUGUACACUCUGCAAAGAACAUGCAAUGUGCAGGGGUCAUGUAUAACGCUCUUGGUUAUGAAAUAAAGAGAUUGGAUAGCACAAUUCCUGGAGCAGGGAAAGGUGUAUUUGUCACAAAAGGAACAGUCCCAGCACAGAGCCUGGUAGCUUUAUACCCAGGAACCAUUUAUUGGCCUUAUGAACCUAUCAUGAUUCAAUCGAUUGGAAAUCCAUUUAUCUUCCGCUGUAUUGAUGGAAUUCUUAUUGAUGGCAAUGAUAAAGGAUUAUCCAAAAUUAUAUACAGGUCAAAUGCGCGGCGAGAUCAAAUUGGUCCAUAUCUUCCUUGUGACACCACAUGGCUCGGAGAUGAACCUGUAAACCCACUUGCCGUGGGGCAGUAUGUCAAUAACAGGACAAGGAAUGUCCCAGCCAAUGUAGCUUACCAAGAAGUGGAUGUCCCUUUCCAAAGUAUUGCACCAAAACUGUGGAAGAACCUUCCAAAUGUUUGGUACAGUAGUGGGAACAUUGUAGGUGAAAAUGCUUUCCUAAGAAUGGUUGCACUAGUUUCAGUGGAUGAAAUUAAUGAAGGCAAAGAAGUGUUUUCCUCUUAUUUCACAGUGGUACAUUAGAAUACAAUUCCUGGUGAACAUUUUACCCUAAUCAGGGCUCGAAAAAAGAGCCGUCCAGUCGCGCGGGACAAGAAGAUUUUCCUGUCAGGCAAGUUACUUUUCAUUCUCACUUGUCAAAGGGCAAGGGCACAGCCAGGUCAUCUGCCAACUAAUUUGCAAAAAAAGUUAACUAAGACCUGCCCAGGGUAAGCAAAAUUUGAGAACUAUUGGUAUGAUGGGCAAGUUGGAAUUAAAGUUUUUUUCAAGCCCCGCUAAUGUAAUAUGCAUUGUAAUACCUUCAAAUAAAAAAAAAAAAUCAAAAAUAAUUUUGUAAAAACAUUGAAAUUGUGAUGAUAAAUAAAUGAGGAACAAAGAAGUUCAAAACUGAGAAUUAAGAUUUUCUGCAAUUAUAGCUGGACCAGUAAUAUUUAGGUACCGAAACACUGGCAAAAUUGACAGUAGGGAAACAAUUCAUUGCAUGGGGUUUGAUUUGUGUUCCUAUGACAUUUAUCGUUCUCCCAAACGUUCAUUUUGUGCUUCUAUAGUGCGAUAGAAACACAGAAUUUAUUCUCACCAUAAUUGUUUUGUUUUUUUUGUUUUUUUUGUUUGUUUGUUAGUUUCUUUGUUUUUUUUUCAUUGUUAGAGUGAGUUUUUUUAUUUAAAAUGUAAGAAACAGAAAACAUUUGCUUGUUUAUAUUGAGUGAUUGGAACUAGUUUGGGAGAAUGAGAAAUGCUGUGGGAACAUGAACCAACAGAUGAGUGUUUCCACAGCUUUUUGAAUUCUCCCAAUCUUUCACAAUCAUGAGUGUUUCUUUUACUUGACAGAAACAGAAAAUGUUUUCUAUCUUUUUUGGGAAAACAGCCUAAAGAAACUAACGAAUGUGACUACAACUUUUCUGUGUUUCUGAUUUUCAACUAAUCACCAUGAAUAUUUUCUUUGGGCUAUGUUCUAAACACAUAAAAUAUACAAACUUCUACCUUUCAAGAUCAGAAAAAUCACUGCAUAAUGAAAUAAUCUUUAAUUAUUGAAAAAAUAUUAAAUUCUAUAUAAUUAUGCUAAAUGAUUGUGCCAAUAAUUUAAAUUUGUUAUACUUAAUUACAAAUAAGCACAAAUUAAAUAUGUAAUUUUUUCUUUCCCUACUAGACUAGAAUGAUUUAACACAUUCUUUCUUUUCUAUCUACAAAAAAUUAUAGACAUAAUGUACAUUGAAUACUAACAACCUAUGUGUACUGAAUGUUUAAAUGUUCAUGUAAUUAGAAAUCUCUUCAACUUGCUAGAAAACAACAAAGAACUCUAAAACUACUUGGACUGGGUGUACUGCAUAGCAGUUCCUCUUGUUAAC